AUGAUGUUGCGUCGCACGCUAUCACUGUCUCUCGUUUCGUUGCUGCUCUCCCUGUCGCUGUGGCCGGCUGCUAUUCUGGCAGCCAUGACCACCCAGGUUACCGUGGAAACAAAUGUUGCGGGGGUUUUGGUCACUCAGACCACUAUAUGGGACCCUGCCACUGCCACUACCACUACCGCGGCUGCCGCCGCCGCUACCACUGCGACGGCAAAGACGGGGUCUUUCACCACGGUGUUUACAACUACCAACAUCAACGGGGUCACCGUUGUUCUGACGCAGACCGUCGACAGAGCAACCAUGCUGGCAACUUCGACCGCUGCUUCCAGCUCAGCCACUGCUAAGACCACAACUACAGGCACUGCCGUGUCUUCCUCGCUUGCUUCGGGCGUGUACCUGUCCACCGUCACUACAACGAACGACCUGGGCACCACUGUGACUUUGACCGAGACGUUCACUCACUCCUCCACUGCCGCCGCUACUGCCGCUACUUCUUCUUCUUCUUCUUCUUCUUCUUCCUCUUCCGGCACGAAGAAGACCACUUCGACUUCAGCUGGAACAGCAGCAGAGGAAACCGGUACAAGACCAGACCCCUCCACGGACUUCACGGAGCCUCCUGUGACAGCCGUCACCACUUUGUCGAUCGACACAUAUGUCACAGUCACAGAAGGGACGACAGCAACCUACACGACCGCGCGAGCACCCACCUCCAUGUGGGUCACUGUUGUCAGACAGGGCAACACUAUCACUGUGCAGACCACAUUCGUCCAGCGUUUCUCCUCCCAGUACGCAACAGUUGCUUCCCCCUCCGCAGGGUCCAUCGGGUUGGGCUCGUUGUCGGGUACUGUAGGUGUCAUCAAAUCUGCAAUGAAGAAGACCGUUUCUCAUAAUGAGGCUCAGCACCUAAAUAUGAAAUCGUUUACUUCAACUUUGGGCGGGCUAUUAACGGUUUUAAUUUGGUUCUUAUAA